CCGAAGAGAGGUCCCAAGAGCAGGUCCCCAAACAUGGACUCUGAUACGGAUUCGGAUCGGGAGAAGAGCAGCGAUCCCAACGAGGGGCUGCUGAGCAGCGACGACAAGUCUUUCCACGACAACGACGAGGAGGAGGACUCUUCCCCGGCGGACGAUGAAGAGGAGCCCGAGGAGGAGUCUUUGCUGCCGCAGAAGAAGACGCCGCAGAUUCGAACGGAAGACCAGCCACCAUUGGUGCUUUUGGUGCAGUCAUCGGCGGAAGCCGUAGAUGUGCUUGAAGAAAUCGAUGAUAGCAAUCGGGAAAUUACCAUUAAAGAUGGGGAUAUAGACAAGGAACCCGAAGUGGAACCCGAACCCGAUCACGAACCCCUGAAGUGUCCUUCCUCCCUACGCGAUAGUGUCCGCGAGUCCGUCGAAUGCUUCUAUUCCGCUCAGGAUCUUUUAGAGUACGGCCACAUGCUCUCCUCCACUUCCAUGGUUCGAACUCCAGACGUGGAAUCCGGAUACUUCGAGAAGUCCGAGAGUGAUGCCUCCCGCGAUGAGUGGGAGGGUCCUUCGUCCUCUUCAUCGGGCGCAGCUCGUUGUCGCCUGCUGUCCGGAAUAUCCGGACUUUCCGUCUCCUCGUCGAGUCGGCAUAGUUCCGAGGGCCUGCGAAUGGAGUUGAGUCGAUUUCGCACCAUGAUCGAGACCCUCGAGCGGGAAAGUCUCGAGAAAUCGCAGUCGGAACUGCAACUGAGGGCUAAAACCAAGCCAAAACCAAAGCCCAAACAGAGAUCCCACAUCCAGGAAUCGACGGCGGAGAGUGGUUCGGAUCAGGGUUCGGAAAAGGAUUCCGAGCGGGGCUUCUGUACAACGGUUUUCGGACAAGCUGGUCUGGAGAUCAGCCAGGAUGAGCAGGAGCGGAUUGCGGAUAUACAAAAAGCUCAUCGGGCUCUCGAGCUGCUCGAGGACUAUCAUGCGAGGCUUUCGGAGCCGCAGGAUCGGGCGCUGCGUAUUGCAAUCGAACGCGUUAUACGCAUAUUUAAAUCUCGCUUGUUUCAAGCGCUGUUAGAUAUACAAGAAUUCUAUGAAUUGACAUUAUUGGAUGACUCGAAGAGCAUACAGCAAAAGACAGCGGAGACCUUGCAAAUUGCAACCAAAUGGGAGAAGGACGGACAGGCCGUUAAGAUUGCCGAUUUUAUCAAAACUUCAAAUUUAAAUCGCAAUUGCGCCUAUGAGUUUAACAACGACGCCUCAUCCAAUCAAACCAACCAAUCAGCCCUCAAUCAGAAUCAGAUCGCGAAUAAUGUCAGUGCCCAAGCGCAGGCCGAGGCCCUCAGCAGAACAUUUAAGAGUGAAUUGGAAGAGAUAUUGAAUCAGCGCAUGCGCAUCGAGUCGGAUACGGAAAAUGCGAAGGAGCCGUCGGCCGAGCAGCAGCAGCAGCAGCAGCAGCAGCAGCAGCGCAGUUCCCGCUCCCCGCAGCAGCUGCAGCAGAAUCCGCAGCAGCAGCAGCAGCAAUCGCAGUCGCAGGGAUCCAAGUCAAGGAGCGGGUCGCAGACUCUCCAUAAGGCGUCGUCGGCAAAGGUGAAUGGCGAUGAUAGCUGGUUAUACGAGGACAUUCAGCUGGAGCGCGGCAACUCCGGAUUGGGCUUCUCCAUUGCCGGCGGUACGGAUAAUCCGCACAUCGGCACCGACACCUCCAUCUACAUCACCAAGCUCAUCUCCGGCGGAGCAGCUGCCGCCGAUGGACGGCUGAGCAUCAACGACAUCAUCGUAUCCGUGAACGAGGUGUCUGUGGUGGAUGUGCCACAUGCCUCCGCCGUGGAUGCCCUGAAGAAGGCCGGCAACGUGGUCAAGCUGCAUGUGAAGCGGAAACGUGGAACGGCCACCACACCAGCAGCCGGAUCGGCAGCUGGAGAUGCCCGGGAUGCGGCCGGCGGGCCGAAGGUCAUCGAAAUCGAUCUGGUCAAGGGCGGCAAGGGACUGGGCUUCUCCAUCGCCGGCGGCAUUGGCAACCAGCACAUCCCCGGCGAUAAUGGCAUCUAUGUGACCAAGCUGAUGGACGGCGGAGCAGCGCAGGUGGACGGACGUCUCUCCAUUGGGGAUAAGCUGAUUGCAGUCCGCACCAACGGGAGCGAAAAGAACCUGGAGAACGUAACGCACGAACUGGCGGUGGCCACGCUGAAGUCUAUCACCGACAAGGUGACGCUGAUCAUCGGGAAGACGCAGCACCUGACCACCAGUGCGUCCGGCGGAGGAGGAGGACUCACACCCGGACAGCAGUUGUCCCAGUCGCAGUCGCAGUUGGCCACCAGCCAGAGCCAAAGUCAGGUGCACCAGCAGCAGCAUCAGACGCCGAUGGUCAAUUCGCAGUCGACAGGUGCGCUAAACAGUGUGGGACAGACGGUUGUCGAUUCACCACCAACACCACAAGCAGCAGCAGCAGCAAUCGCAUCUGCAUCUGCAUCAGUCAUUGCAAGCAACACCACAAUCAGCAACACCACAGUCACCACAGUCACGGCCACAGCCACCAACAGUAGCAGCAAGUUGCCGCCGUCGCUUAGCAUUAGCAAUAGCAACAGCAACAGCAAUAGCAAUAACAUCAAUAGCAUCAACAACAGCAAUAACAUCAACAACAACAAUAGCAGCAGCACGACGGCAACUGUUGCAGUUGCAGCAGCAACACCAACAGUAGCAGCAGCAGCAGCAGCCACUCCACCCGCCACCUUCUAUAACAAUGCUUCCAUGCCCGCCCUGCCUGUCGAAUCCAAUCAAACAAACAACCGAUCCCAAUCACCCCAGCCGCGCCAGCCCGGUUCGCGAUACGCCUCCACAAAUGUCCUAGCCGCCGUUCCGCCAGGAACUCCGCGCGCCGUUAGCACCGAGGAUAUAACCAGGGAACCGCGCACGAUCACCAUCCAGAAGGGACCGCAGGGCCUGGGCUUCAAUAUCGUUGGCGGCGAGGAUGGCCAGGGCAUCUACGUGUCCUUCAUCCUAGCCGGCGGUCCUGCAGAUCUCGGCUCCGAGCUGAAGCGCGGCGACCAGCUGCUCAGCGUGAACAAUGUCAACCUCACGCACGCCACCCACGAGGAGGCGGCCCAGGCGCUCAAAACUUCCGGCGGAGUGGUGACCCUGUUGGCGCAGUACCGUCCGGAGGAGUACAACCGCUUCGAGGCACGCAUCCAAGAGUUAAAACAACAGGCUGCCCUCGGCGCCGGAGGAUCGGGAACCCUGCUGCGGACCACACAGAAGCGAUCGCUGUAUGUGCGGGCCCUGUUCGACUACGAUCCCAAUCGGGACGAUGGACUGCCCUCGCGAGGAUUGCCCUUCAAGCACGGCGAUAUCCUGCACGUGACCAACGCCUCCGACGACGAGUGGUGGCAGGCGCGACGAGUCCUGGGCGACAAUGAGGACGAGCAGAUCGGCAUUGUGCCGUCGAAGAGGCGCUGGGAGCGCAAGAUGCGAGCUCGGGAUCGCAGUGUCAAGUUCCAGGGGCAUGCGGCAGCUAAUAAUAAUCUGGAUAAGCAAUCGACAUUGGACCGCAAGAAAAAGAAUUUCACAUUCUCGCGCAAAUUUCCGUUUAUGAAGAGUCGCGAUGAGAAGAAUGAAGAUGGCAGCGACCAAGAGCCCAAUGGAGUUGUGAGCAGCACCAGCGAAAUUGACAUCAAUAAUGUCAACAACAACCAAGCGAACGAACCGCAACCCUUUAUGCUUUGCUACACACAAGACGAUGCCAAUGCUGAAGGAGGCGAGAUUAUCUACAGGGUGGAGUUACCCGAUAUGGAGCAGAUAACUCUGAUCUACUUGGAGAAUAAUGAUGCUGACUAUCCUUCCGAAGAGAACGUGUUGUCUUACGAGGCCGUGCAGCGCUUGUCCAUAAGUUACACGCGCCCGGUGAUUAUCCUUGGACCGCUGAAGGAUCGCAUCAACGAUGACUUAAUAUCGGAGUAUCCCGACAAGUUCGGCUCCUGUGUGCCACACACCACCCGACCCAAACGGGAGUACGAGGUGGAUGGUAGGGAUUAUCACUUUGUGUCCUCCCGCGAGCAAAUGGAGCGGGAUAUCCAGAACCAUCUGUUCAUCGAGGCGGGCCAGUACAACGAUAAUCUGUACGGCACCUCGGUGGCCAGUGUGCGCGAAGUCGCCGAGAAGGGCAAGCACUGCAUCCUGGACGUAUCCGGCAAUGCCAUCAAGCGACUCCAAGUGGCCCAGCUCUAUCCCGUCGCAGUUUUCAUCAAGCCCAAGUCGGUGGACUCUGUGAUGGAGAUGAAUCGUCGUAUGACUGAAGAGCAGGCGAAGAAGACUUACGAGCGGGCAAUUAAAAUGGAGCAGGAGUUCGGCGAAUACUUUACGGGCGUUGUCCAGGGCGACACCAUCGAGGAGAUUUACAGCAAAGUGAAAUCGAUGAUUUGGUCCCAGUCGGGACCAACCAUUUGGGUACCUUCCAAGGAAUCUCUAUGACCAACAGCCACAACAACAUGGACACUGCCGCCUCGAGUUCGAUGCCGACCGGUCUCGAGAACAACAAUAGGAGCAACAGCAGCAGCAACAAAUCAGCAGCCGCAACAGAAGACGCCGCACUGAUGAUGCAUCACAGUAACAACAACAUCAACAACUACUACUACAACAACAACAACAGCAGCAGCCACAGCAGUAACAACAACAGCAGCCACAACUAUAACAACAGUGACAACGACGGAAAACGGAAACGCAACCACGGACUAACAACUUGACCACUGACAGUAAAAUUUAUUAUGACGCAGCCGCAGCAGCCAACUUAAUGUAGCAAAUUGUCCAAAGCAAUUUUUAUGGAUGCACUCAUUGAUGUACGGUCAGGUGAACGUAUAUCCAGCAGCUAGACGAGGAUGGAGAUGGAGAAACAUCAGAGCAAAGCAUUUGGCAUCGUAGUAAUAUGAGAUCAGAGAUAUGGGUGUUCAAACUGAAGCGGACAAAGGUGUAUAGUUUUUAGUUAGAACAAAGUUGGAUAUAAACAAAAUGAAGCGAAUUAUAUAUAUACACACCACUUAUAUAGACUAAGAUCCGAAUAUAAAAGCAUAGAGUCGAGCGGAAUGAAGAAGGCUUUGAGGAGUUCGUUAAGCGCUAGAGUGUUGUUUGUUUAUGUUGAUGUUUAUAUACGAGAGCCAAGAGUUAUAGCGAGUUAGUUAUGUUGACGAUAAUGUGUUUUUUGAUAUAUAUUGAUCUAUAUAAAUAUGUAAACAUGCAGGCACAAGCACCCACCCAUGCACACCGAUGUUUUGGGGUAAUGGUGAUGAUGAUGCACGAGCGCAUUGCAUGGUGGUUAACUUUAAGUACGACAAUGUUUAGUAGCUGACUACGAAUAAAUGACGACGAUGACGGGACGCAGAUGCGGAUGCGGAUGCGAAUGCGGUUACGGUUGCAGAUCUUGCGGAUAGUCAGAGGAUGACGAUAACGAUUUACGAUUACGAUCUAAUGAUAAUGAUAAAUAUAUUGAUGAAUAUCGAAGCUAA